CAAAAAAAAAAAAAAAAACAACAAGGUGCUUGCUCGUCGAAACUGACGAACCUUCUCUUCCUAUCCGAUCCUCGUAUUCUUACUUAAACUAUACAAGAGAGAGCCGCACACGCAGCUCAUAAGUUACAGUUGAGCCUUCCCUUACAGUUCACGCAACACAAACCCAUUUCUUUGUUUUUUCUUUUCUUACACAUUUUUUGAAUUUCAUAACCAAUGUUUGAAAUAUCUUAGGAGCACAAGGAAACAAAUCCCACAUCUAUUAUUGUCACCGCGUUUGUAGACUCUCUCAGCCGACAAGUACAGUACAGCUUGUUUUUGCUUUCCCUUCCUUUUAUUAGCUUUUUUUGAUUUAAAACUUUGUUGGUUUUGGUGGGGGUAGAUGACCCAAGUUAAAGUUUGAGUUUUCAAUGCUUUUUUUUGUUUGUAUAUUUGAUAGAUAUUGCUGAUUGGAUAGAAAAAGGUUAAAACCCAUAUAGUAAAACCCUUUUGGAUCUUCUUUUUAUGCCCUAGAAUUUCAGUUUUGUUGGUUCUUUGGUGGCUGGAAAUUCAAAUAGAGGGGCUGGUUUUGAAUUUGGUGAAAACCCCACCUACAAAAUCGUUUCUUUAAUAGUUUUUGAGCAGGUGAUUUGUUGGUUAUAGCUUGUGUGGUAGCUGGGGUGCAAAACUUAUAUGAUAAUCAGAAGUGGGUUGUGUCUGAAUUUGUAGAAAUUGAUUUAAGAAUCAGAGGUUUAAAGGCUUGUAAUUUGAGUUUGAAGAUUGAAAGAAAUUUCCCAGAAAGGUUUUGUGUGUUUGUGUGAGUAUUAGUCUUUGUUUACCCAUUGCAUUUGUCUUUGAAAUUUGAAUAGCUUGAGGUUAGUGUUAUUGGGAGAAGAAGAUGGUUGGAACCACUGAAGUAAUGAACCAUAAUGAGGAUUCCAAUGGGGCAAUUCAUAAUUCAAAUGGUGUUUUUGAAGAGAAGGUUGAUCAGCUUCGUCGCCUUAUGGGAAAGGCUGAGGGUGAUCCAUUGAGGAUUGUUGGUGUUGGGGCAGGUGCUUGGGGUAGUGUUUUUGCAGCUAUGUUGCAAGAUAGCUAUGGUCAUUUGAGAGAGAAGGUUCAGAUUAGGAUAUGGAGAAGAGCUGGUAGAACUGUUGAUAGAGCCACAGCUGAACACUUGUUUGAGGUGAUCAAUUCAAGGGAGGAUGUGUUGAGGAGACUGAUUAGGCGGUGUGCAUACUUGAAGUAUGUCGAGGCAAGAUUAGGCGAUCGAACACUUAAUGCCGAUGAGAUUUUGAAAGAUGGGUUUUGUUUGAAUAUGAUUGAUACCCCUCUCUGCCCUUUGAAGGUUGUCACUAACUUGCAGGAGGCUGUGUGGGAUGCCGAUAUUGUGGUAAAUGGCUUGCCAUCAACAGAAACACGUGCGGUAUUUGAAGAAAUUAGUAGGUAUUGGAAAGAGAGAAUAACUGCACCAGUCAUCAUUUCUUUGGCAAAGGGUGUGGAGGCUGAAUUGGAGCCUGAACCACGCAUAGUGACUCCCACUCAAAUGAUCAAUCGAGCAACUGGUGUUCCCAUCGAGAACAUUCUUUACCUGGGAGGACCUAAUAUAGCGGCAGAGAUCUACAACAAGGAAUAUGCUAAUGCUCGAAUAUGUGGAGCUGCAAAGUGGAGGAGACCAUUGGCAAUGUUUUUGAGGCAGCCACACUUUAUAGUGUGGGACAAUGGUGACCUUGUUACUCAUGAAGUUAUGGGAGGCUUAAAGAAUGUCUAUGCCAUUGGAGCUGGAAUGGUAGCAGCUCUAACCAAUGAGAGUGCCACUAGCAAAUCAGUAUACUUUGCACACUGUACCUCAGAGAUGAUAUUUAUCACUCAUCUCUUGUCUGAAGAACCAGAGAGACUUGCAGGGCCUUUGUUGGCUGACACUUACGUAACACUUUUAAAAGGCCGUAAUGCAUGGUAUGGACACAAUUUGGCCAAAGGGGAACUGAGCCUUGAAAUGGGUGAUAGCAUCAAGGGCAAAGGGAUGAUUCAGGGGGUCUCUGCUGUUAAGGCAUUUUACGAGCUACUCUGUCAAUCAAGCUUAAGUGUUCUACAUCCUGAAGAAAACAAGCAUGUUGCUCCAGUUGAGCUUUGCCCCAUUUUGAAGACAUUAUAUAAAAUACUGAUAAUAAGGGAAUUUCCAUGUCAGGCAAUUCUUCAGGCAUUAAGGGAUGAGACCAUGAAUGAUCCUCGGGACCGUAUUGAGAUUGCACAAACCCAUGCUGUUUACAGACCAUAUCUUCUUGGUCACCAGCCUUGAUCUCAAUUUUGUGUCAUUUUUGUCACAUUUUAAAGGAUGUAAAUUUUAAGUAAGCUAGUUAGAGUAUCUUCUAUGGUAUUUAUAUAAUUAGUGAGGACAUGGGUUAUUUUAUAAUUUGUUUAUUAGAUUGUGUUGUUUUAAUUCUUUCAAUUUUGGUUAUGGUUUUAUUCAUAAUUUAUGAAUAACUUUGCAUUAUGUUUGAUAGCUACACUACACUAAUGCCAAUGUAAUAUAAGGAGGGUUUUUAAUGAAGCAACACUUGGGGCAUUUUAGCUACUA